GAGAUUAUUAAAAAAGGUAUAGUCCUUUUAGAUCUGGUAAAGCUACUGAUUUUUAAGGGACCCCUUAAUAAAUUUAUUAUAGCUAAAAAAGUUAUACCUAAAGUUUUUAUGAAGAAAAUAAAUUACAGACUUAGUUUUAUAAAUAAGUGCCUUUAUUAUAUAUUCUGGAAGCAGUUGUCCGAGAUAUAA